UGGCUAACAAGUGAACAGCACACCGUACACCGGCAUUCGCUGACAGACGUGCGCCGAUGAAGCAGCAGCAACAAGUUACUGCUCCCUGGACAGCCAUAUAGACCGCAAAACGGCAUCCCCAACGGCAUUCAACUAACCAUAUACUACCCACAACGAAUACAGACUGUAAUAUAUACGCUUGCAACCAAAAACGAAAAACCAAAGAAUGGGAGGCUGUUGCUCAAAGGAUUUGGAUGACAAACGCUCCUGGAGUCCCGAGGAGACCAAGAAUGGCAGCACCACAUCGACCAUCAUUGCCCAGCCGCUGGACGAAGUGGGCUCCACCGGUGUAUUCACGUUGACACGCACCACCACCAGCACCACGCGGCAGGAGAAGACGGUGACCACCACCAACGAGGAGCGGGAGCAGGAUUAGCUGCCACCGGAUUAGCAUGAAAGCCAAAAACCUUUUUUUUUUUGUUCACACCUUCUUUUUGUUGAAACGAAUUCAAUGCCAAUGUGUGCGUGAGUGUGUGCGUGAGUCUGCUGUGAGUGUGUGAAUACUACUAAAAUAAAAAUAAAUGUAAAUACGAACAAUGUGAAUAUGAAUAUGGAUAUGGAUAUGCAUCGAGUUAAGCUGUUAACGAGUAAUAGUAAAUUGUUAUGUGCCUGAAUUUCAAUUUCGUAAUAAAUUGUUGAAUCGCUAAA